AGAAAGUCCAGAAGGAGAUUGAAGAUGUGUUUGGCUUCUCAGGGUCAAUUUCCUAUCAAGAUCACAAGAAGCUGCCCUACACCAAUGCUGUUCUUCAUGAAAUGCAGCGUAUAAAAUAUGUCUUGCUAUAUGGGGCUACCAGGAAAAGUACAAAGGAUGUGAAGAUGAGGGGUUACCACAUCCCAAAGGGGGCUUUUAUCAUCGCAGACCUCCGCUCUGUCCUUUUUGAUCCUGAACAAUGGGAAACACCUGAAGAAUUCAACCCCAAUCACUUUUUAGACAACGAUGGCAAGUUCAUCACCCGGGAAGAGUUUCUGCCAUUCGGAAUAGGUCAGCAUGUAUGUGUGGGAGAGCAGCUGGCAAGAAUUGAGACCUUCAUCUUUCUCACCAGCCUGUUGAGGGCCUUCCACUUCCAGCUGCCUGAAGGGGUGAAAGAACUCAAUCAAGCACCCGUUGUACAGUUGAUCAUGCAUCCACACCCUUACAAACUCUGUGCUGUUCCCCACACAGGCAUAAAAACACCAUGA